GGGAAUAAACUAUAUUCUCAUGGCAAUUAUAUACGAAAUUUAAACGAAACUGAAAUCAACGAGGCUCAGGAAUACAAAAAGCAGAUGGCAGAGUUUCGUAAAAAACUCGAUGAGCGUAUGAAUGACGCGUUGCGAACAUCACAGAAUGGAACACUGCCGCCGUUUCCAUCCCGACCGAUGAUGCCGAAAUUUUGCUUUGGCAAAGAUGCAGUGCUGUAUGUAUUCGCUGGAUGCACUGUACAGAAUUACAAAUUAUACAUCGGACAGAAGUUUGCUCGUGAACUAAACCCGGAAGAGCGAGAUGAGCUUGAUAUUUUUGCUAAACAAAUGGCAAGCGCUAUGCCGGCACCCAAUCCGUUGGUAAAAAUCAUUUUAUUCAACAAUUUUUUUUCAGUGACUGAAUAUAAUUAG